UCACAUGUAUGUGGUGUUGAAGUAACAGCCUUGCAUUGGUUAAACGCUAUUUAUAAUAUCUAGGAACAGAAGCCACGUAUUUUCUCUCAAACCCGCGAGUUCAUGAACUUCGGUUUGAACAGCAUUAACAGCAGUGCCUGCAUGUAUUUCUGUAGCAUGUUCAUGAAAGUUGAAAGAGAAAACGUAUCACAGCGACUCUGCAGCAGCUAUUUCAAUCACGUACUUUGCUAAAGAUAAAAUAGGGCUGUGUGGAGGGAGAGGAUUUCCUCACUAGUGACCAGGGAUCUUGAGAGUCACGCAACCAUGCCGAGGUCAUUUUUGGUGAAGAGUAAACGGGCACAUAGCUACCACCAACCCCGAUACCUGGAUGAUGACUACAUAAGACUGGAUGCUAUUUUAGCCCACAUAUGCGCAAAAAGCCAACCGCAUGUUGAGUUUGAGGGGAGCCGUAACACUCAGCAGGACCACGACAGGGUCUCCACAGAGUCCGGUCUAGUGCGCACGGCAGACUUCUUUUCCGGCUCUCCUCUGAGUUGCGAGGAGAGUGUGUGCGACCGCUUCUCGGACUACGAGGACUACUGGCGCCCUCCGUCACCCUCUGCUUCACCAGAUUCGGAGCAAUAUUUCACUCCGUCUACAGACCACCGUCAGAUUUUCACCAUUCCAUUUCGCCCUUAUGAAUGGACUACCUACUCUAGCUCCGAGCUCAAGCACCUUGCCCGGCGAACAUACCAACAAAACCAACCGACAACUCUGGAUCCUGACACACAAACGGGCAUCUAUGGAUCCGAGAGCAGUGCCACCAGCCCCCCUAUUUUACAACAGCGGGGCCCGCACAAAGGCUUUUACCAGGACUUUGGAUCCUCGGUGUUCCCUACCUAUGAAAUGCGUAACGUCGACCAGUUAUACCCAGCCCACAAGAUGAAGAACAACGCAUCCGAAAUCAAGUCAGAACCUGAUUUCAUUUGUUCCCGAGUAGAACCAGUCGGAUCGUACAAGUGCGUCAAGUGCUGCAAGGUUUUCUCGACGUCGCAUGGGUUGGAAGUUCAUGUUCGACGGUCGCAUAGUGGAACGCGACCGUUCGCGUGUGGAUUGUGUGGGAAAACGUUCGGGCAUGCAGUGAGCCUCGAGCAACACAAGGCUGUUCACUCACAGGAGAGGAGCUUCAAUUGCAAAAUAUGCGGUAAAAGCUUUAAACGCUCGUCCACGCUCUCCACGCACCUGCUUAUCCACUCGGACACGCGGCCAUACCCGUGCCAGUACUGCGGGAAAAGAUUCCAUCAGAAGUCCGACAUGAAGAAACAUACAUUUAUCCAUACAGGUGAGAAACCGCACAAGUGCCAGGUAUGCGGGAAGGCCUUCAGUCAAAGCUCCAACCUCAUCACACACAGCCGCAAGCACACCGGCUUCAAACCGUUUAGCUGCGAGAUCUGUGUCAAGGGAUUCCAAAGAAAAGUGGAUUUGAGGCGGCACAAGGAAACUCAACACGGAUUAAAAUGAAAUACUUCGAAAAUGGAAAAACUGUGCUAGAGGAUUGAAGCAUGAAACAUGAAAGCAAUUGUAAGAUGAACGAACGUCGGAUAUGCAAUCGUGUACAUUUAAAAGGAAUUGUAUGCAAUCAUAGACUGCCAUUUUUAAGUUAGACGCAUACUUGUUCUCUUUUCGAACGUGAAACAUUAAUUUAAGUUGGCUAUUAUUAGGUAACCUAUUUCAGAAUGACGUUUUACUCAACAUAAUCAAACAAUUUAGUGGUUGUAUGUCUAGACUAUUUUGUUUGUAUUUUUUGCACUAAUCGUUUUAAUGUUUUCUUUAAAGCGAUUAAAGUCAAUACUAGGCACUGUAAUGCCUAGUAAGCCAUGUACCUUUAAAUAUUAAUCAAUGCUUAAAGUAUUCUAUUCCAGCUUGAAUUAUCCAACAAGGUCACUUUAUAAUAUUUUCUGUAACAGAAUCCAUGGUAUGGGAAGCCUAUACAGCUUUGUCUCAAUAUGCAUUUUUAAUGGUCCCUCUUUUGUAAUACAAUGAAAGUCUUAUAAGUACGAAAAAA